AUCUAGGUUUUUCUGAGUCUUGCAAAGUUGGCUAGGACUGUUUAACACCUUACGUGGCAUUACCCCAGUUACUUUUGUAAACACUGGUGUCUAAGGGCUAUUCAAAUCAAAAUGAUUGUUUUAAAUAUUUCAACAUUUAUCGUGACAUUACUGAGUUUAAUACAGUCUUCCGAGCAAUACUUCAUCAGCAUAGAUGCUCAUGCGGAGGAAUGUUUCUUCGAUAAAGUAACCUCCGGCACCAAGAUGAGUCUCAUGUUUGAAGUAGCCGAAGGAGGAUUUCUCGAUAUUGACAUUAAAAUAUAUGGACCAGAUGGUAAAGUCAUUCAUUCCGGUGACAGGGAAUCCAAUGGUAAAUACACUUUUGCUGCCCACAUGGAUGGUAACUACAAAUACUGCUUCAGUAAUGCCAUGUCCACAAUGACUCCCAAAAUUGUGGUAUUCUCUAUUGACAUUGGAGAGAAGCCCAAAGAUGCUGCUGGAGAGGAGGGUGAUGCUAAUCAGAACAAACUGACAGAGAUGAUAAAUGAGCUCUCCACUGCCUUGACUGGGGUGAAACAUGAACAAGAGUAUAUGGAAGUCAGAGAGAGGAUUCAUAGAUCAAUUAAUGACAACACUAAUUCCAGAGUAGUUUUAUGGUCUUUUUUUGAAGCUCUGGUUUUGGUAGCAAUGACCUUAGGACAAGUGUACUAUCUGAAGAGAUUUUUUGAAGUGCGGCGUGUUGUUUAAACUUUUGUGUUGCUUUGUAUAUGUAUUUAGGAACUGUUAUCAUUAGGCAUUUGUUUAAAAAAAAGGGACAAAUGAAGAACAUUAUUAGCUUGAAAAUAUCAUUUACUUGUGCAUUAAAAUACAAUUCCAGAUUGUAUUAUUUUUGUUAAUUCUUAUUUUGGCAUUUUAUUAAAAGGAUGUUAAAAUGCUCAUUAACCCUUUACUGGUCUUAGUGCCAAAAAGAUUACAAAAUACAAAAUAAUCUGUGGUUCUUGUGAUGACCAACAGGCCAGUAAAGGGCUAAAUAGUAAAUUGCCAAAUAAUAGAAAUGAUCAAUGCCAAUUAUGAUUUAGUACAUUUUAUAUGGUUAAGAUGUGUGCUCCAAUAGCCAACUCUUUAAAACUAUAAUUAAUUUGUUAGUAACCCUCACAUUUAUGGUUACAAGGAAUUGAAUCAGCAGCAAGUCUUUAAACUUCUUGACUUUGAAAACAGUAAUAGUCAUAGGUUAUUUAGUUAUCUUACACCUAUGCUAUGUCUGAGAUGGGUUUGAAUAAUAAUUAUUAUUAUUUAUUUUUUAUCUCAACAUCUCAUUUCUUGUUACUUACAUUAUACAUUUAAUGUUUGACUUUUUUUGUUUCUCUUUUUUUCUCUUGUGUAUGAAGAGCAUGAAGAACAUUUGUUUCCCGUUGACUGGAUGACAAUCUUGAAUUUUUGUUUUUGUUUCUGAUAGUGGUGUGUCUUCAUGAGUAAAUGUUUGGCUUGGGGACAGCGCAUUUUGAAUUAUUAAUGCCUGAUGCAAAUGUAUCAUUUUUUAUCUUUAGUGAAUGUUUAUUAGACAAUUGUCAAAAAAUUUGCCCACAUUUGAUUGGUGUGUGUGAAACAAGAUACUUGUGUGUGUGCAUGCUUAUUUAUAUUCAUUUCCAAUUUUAUAAUAGGGGUACUAGUUUUUAUUUUACAUUAAAGGCUGGAAUAACUUGAAGGCAUUAGCCCGAUCCCAGAGAAAAAUCUCAUGCUCCACCUUUAUAUAAGUAAAAUGUGCUUUUUUUUUUUUU